GCAUUAUGAAUUUUUUUGUCAAGGCCUAUUCAAUUUCGCGACCGCUUGAUUCCGCUAGGAACCGCACCCCUCAAUGGCGAGAAGAAACUUCAAAUGACUGGGCCAAAACGAAACCAAAAGUUGUUAAAUUUUCCUAUACAUGGGAUAUAGAGAAUUUCAGUGUAGUCUGGGAGAUAAAUGAAACUCUAAGAUCGCCAGUAUUUCCUGUGGAUGGCGAUCAUCAAGUCAAAUGGAAUUUAGUGCUGUCUAAAAAGAAAAGUGAUGUUUCCGGGAACGAAUAUUUAGAACUUCGCUUACAGUUGACUAAGUGGGAUGGUACAACGGACAAAGCUAAGGUCAGAUGUUUCAUAUUGGGUCAUGAUGAAACUUUACAGAAGAGGCGAUUCAAUAUGUCCAAACACGCUAAUAUAACCUUCGAACCAUUUAUACACAGUGGAGCGCUGUUUGAUAAGACGAAGAAUUUAUUGCCCAAUGAUGUGCUGACUAUAUUCUGUGAAAUUUUCAUACUGACAGAUACAGUCUGCACCUGUGGUAACACUAAGCCGAUUAAAGUGUCUGAUUCCAAAUUUUCAGAAGAUUUUGGCAAUCUUUUUAAAAACAAGAAGUAUAGCGAUGUGACAAUCGUUACAAUCAGCGGACAAGAGAUUCCAGCCCAUAAGAAUAUACUUUCAGCUCGAAGCGAAGUUUUUGAGGUCAUGCUUAACAACGAUUUGAAUGAGGGUCGACUGACUAUAAAUGAAUUGGAUCCCGAGGUCCUUACAGAAAUGCUGCUAUUUAUGUACACAGAUAAGGAACCAAAGUUGGACAACAUAUGUAAAGAUCUUUUGGCGGCAGCUAAUAAAUAUUUACUCGAACGACUUAAGAACAUGUGCGAGAAUUUCUUGCUCGCCAAACUCACAAUUGAAAAUGCCGCCGAAACCUUAAUUCUGGCAAAUAAUCAAAAUGCGUGCCAACUCCAAGCACAUACAAUCGACUUUAUUAAUGAUCAUAAAAGUGAUGUAAAGCAGACAACCGGCUGGAAAGAAAUGACACUAAAUCAUCCUCACAUAGUAACCGAACAUUUUCUACCAAACUCAAAACCUGAACUACCCUUUCUUCCUUUCAGGUUGGAUGUUGACAAAUCAAAUUAUCGAAAAUUUUCAUGUGAAAAGUGUGGUUGAGAAAUGUAUAUG